AUGCCCAGACUGCCCGCGCACGAGCGUGCCUACUGGCAACACUGCCGACACUUCCACCGUCAUCCUAAGCCACCACCGCCACAGAGAACCAUAUAUGAGCAUCCUGAUCUUACAGCGCGUCCAUGUACACAGCAAGGAGAUCCGCUCCCCGAAAAUGCCCCACCACCCCCACGUCCUGUUCCGCUCAACACGGCGCCUUUCGCCGACCGCGCGUCUUUCGACUUUGUCAACACCGUUUAUAACAAGAUGCAAGGGUCCGCUGCCGACAUCAAUGCCAUUCUCCGGGCCAUGCUCGCACACGACAUCCUUCAUGGUCACAACGAAGAGGACAGCAUGUUCUCGUCAUACACUGAAGUCGUGGACACCAUCAACGAGAUCAAUGAAGGCCCACCCAGUUUUCAGUCUUUCUCGGUACGCUGGGUUGGCCAUGUCGACGAGAACUCGCCACAGUGGAAGCGCGAGCAGUAUGCGGUGCACCAUGUCGACAUCAUCAGUGCGAUGCGCGCGAUGGCCAGCAAUACGGAGCUUGAUGGUCACUGGGACUAUACGCCUGUGGCCGUAUUCAAUGCUGACGGGUCUCGCGAGUUCUCCAAUCUCAUGACUGGCCAAUGGGCAUGGGAUCAAGCUGAUCAGGCUGCUGUUGAUCCUCGCACACACGGAUCCAUGCUUACCCCCAUUCUCCUUGGUGCUGAUAAGACUACGGUCUCAGUCGGCACCGGUAAUCGUGCGUACCACCCGCUGUAUGGAAGCGCCGGCAACAUCCACAACGAUAUGCGCUGCUCGCAUACUGAUGCUGUCACAACCCUCGCGUUUCUUCCCAUCAUCAAAGGCACUCGCGAGGAUGCCAACGACAAGGAGUUCCGGCUCUUUCGGAAGCAAGUGUAUCACAUGGCCAUCGAGCGGAUCUUAGCCCCUCUGCGCCCUCAUAUGGAAGUCCCGCUGCCUCUCCGCUGCCCCGAUGGCCAUUGGCGGGGUGCUCUUUUUGAGCUUGGGCCUUUUCUGGUGGACUACCCUGAGCAGGUGUAUGUCGCCAGAAUUGUGCAAGGGUGGUGUCCAAAGUGUCUCGCCUUUCCUGACUCGCUUGAUCGCCCUGGUGUUCCCCGAUUUCGAGUAUCGGCUGAGCACUUACAGAGAGCUUUUGAUCCUGGAACGUUAUGGGAUCUUUUUGGGCUGUUGUCGGAUGUCACUCCAUUUACAUAUGCCUUUCCACGGGCCGACGUCUAUCAGCUGUUGACUCCCGACUUGCUUCAUCAGCUGGUGAAGGGCACCUUCAAGGAUCAUCUCGUGGCCUGGAUUGAGGAGUACAUUGUGCUCACUGCACCCUCUGAGGCCCGUGCACAGCAAACACUGGAUGAUCUGGAUAGACGACUGGCCGCUGUUCCAAGCUUCACUGGUCUGCAUCGCUUCCCCGAUGGACGUCACUUCAGCCAGUGGACAGGGAAUGACUCCAAGGCUCUCAUGAAGGUGCUACUACCUGCGCUUGUCGGACUUGUUCCAGACCGUAUCGUGGAGUGCAUCCGGGUCUUUCUAGAUUUUGCCUAUCUUGCUCGGCAGUCUGUGCACACCACUCACACGGUGGACCACAUGGAGGAGCUUCUUGAAGAGUUCAGGAAUCUUCGCCAGGUGUUUAUUGACACUGGUGUGAGAGAUGAUAUCUCGCUGCCGAGACAGCACGGUCUUGAUCACAUGCCUGACGCUAUAGAGCAGUUUGGCUCCCUCAAUGGGGUUAGUACUUCUAUUACGGAGACUAAGCACAUUGUGGCAGUCAAACAGCCUUGGCGAGCUUCGAAUCGAGGUGAUGCACUCCCUCAGAUGCUCAGACGCAUUGUCCGUGUUGGGAAGAUCAAUGCUCUACGAGUGUCUCUCAGCCAGUCUGGGCAUCUGCAGGGUGAUAUUGUGGAAUGGGCUCUGAGAAAGACUGGAAGACUGCCUCCCCAUCAAGCUCAAUAUGGUCCAGCAAGACAACCUCCUCUUGUGGCUGAAGCUCAAGUUACCUUUGGUACUAAACCCACAAUUCCCGAUCUUCAUGCUAUGAUCCGCCGCUUCCUUCGUGCAAAGAGAUAUCCUGGUGUUGAUCCCCCAGAUGUGGUUGUUCCUUUGAAUGACUGCCCAUGGGUGUCUCCAAAUGAGGAGCUCUCGAUGCAUCUUUGUGCUCAUGCCACUUACUAUGCUCCUAGUGAGCUUAGUCUUCCUGGUGGCAUGUACUCAGAGAUCAUCCGAUGCACUCCCUUCUGGCUGCGUCGUGAGCCACAUUAUGACACUGUACUUGUGCAGGUGGGGGAUCCAGAUGAUAUCAUGCAUGGUAUGGCAGUUGCUCAAGUUCGUCGGCUUUUCUCGUUCUCUACUUGUUUCGAAGUUCAUCCAUGUGCACUUGUUGAGUGGUUCGACCCUGUUAUGGAUACUCCAGAUGCUCUCACAGGUAUGUGGGUGGUACGCCCUGAGAUACAUAACAAUCAACGUGCCAUGGAUAUUAUUCCUUUAGACUCUAUUGUUCGGUCAUGCCAUCUCAUACCUUACUUUGGUACACAGCGGCUUAGACGAAACUGGAAGCAUUACAAUACUUUACAUGCUUUCAACCAUUACUACAUCAACUGUUACAUAGACUACCAUACUUAUGAGCUGCUCAAAUAA